CCUAAACCAAAGGGCACUUCAGCAUGAGGAAGUUCAGAAUAGUCACUUCUCCCACUGCUGUACCUGAACACUGUAGAGUCUGACUCUGAUACCAGACAGCAUGAAGUAGAACAACCACAGGAAUUAUGGACCGAGUUUUAGUGACCGUCCUGGCCGUAGUGCUGCUAACAGAGUCCGUGUCUGCUGUCUCUAUCAUCGGCCCUGAGGAGGUUCUCACAGAAGAUAAAAGCUCUGCUAACCUCACCUGUGUGGGAACCGGCGCCUUCCACACUGCAGAGUGGAUGAAGGAUGAUCAGAUUCUGUCUCCGAGCAACAGAAUUGAGUUUUCAACUGAUAACACAACAGUGCUGAUCAAUCCAGUGAAGAGGACAGACAGUGGUGUAUACAGGUGUACACUCCGCAACAAUGUCACCUCUGAAACAGCUAACUACAGCAUGACUGUUAACUAUGGGCCGCAGGUGAGGAUUCUGGGUGUGUCCAGUGUGGAGGAAGGUUCAGAUAUUCUGCUCUUCUGCUCCGCCGUGUCUCUACCUGCUGCCUCCGUUACAUGGACAGUGAAUGGCGCCACUGCUGGACACUCUGAACUGCUGAUCAUCGAGAACAGUAACCACACCCACAGCGGAACCUACAACUGUACUGCGUUUAACAGCGUCACUGGAGGCACAGCGUCCGCAGCGCUCGUCCUCGCUGUCACAGGUAAGGGUGGAGGCCCGGGGCUCAGUCCCGGCGAGGCCGCAGGUAUCACGGUGGCUGUUAUUGUGGUGCUGGCGGGUUUGGCUGUGGGACUUUACUUCCUCAUAAUCCAUUUAAAGAAUUCACCCGAACCUCUGUGCAAAAUACCGAAGCCAAAGAAAAACAACGAAAACAGGACACAGAACAACGACGUGCAGGAGGAGGAUGAGCUGAAAACAACAGAGUUCAAAUGCCAACCGCAGCAAACCAGCCAAGACAUGCCCAGACCACGGAGAGAAAGACCAGAGCAGCAUUUCUAUGAAAACUACAACAACAAACCGCCUGUGCCCCGUAUUGCCAAACCCUCACAUCUGCCUGGCCGGGUCACCGAUUUUGAUUCAGCCAAUCAACAAAGGUCCCCUGAACUUGACAGACCAAGAUUGCCCCCUCGUCCGGACAACAUCUUCAAAAAUGAUUCACAUGUGUACAACACUAAGUUGAAACUGAUUUCCAAUGAUAAGCUGUUGGACCACGAGGACAGCAGAAAAGAAGAUUUCAGUCUGAAAAAGGUGUUAAAGUAAAGAUUUCCACCAGUGUUUUCCAAUUUUUUUGUCACAUACAUUAGAAAUAAAAUCACAGAUCUACUGUACUAAUGUU